AUGGCGUACAUUCGUGGAGGAAACUACGGUCUACCUGCCGGAGCCCCUGGCUGGCGCGAGUGGCCAGGUGGCGUGGCACCCGCGGACGGGACUACCUUGACUCACUUGCUGGCAGGUGUGGACGCGGCGCCUCCUUUUGCUCUGGGUCGAUUCAUCGCCGAGCGCUUUCCUGCUGCGGUGGACAAGACGGACGGAGCAGGUAUGAACGUAUAUUAUCUACCGGAUUUGGAGGCGUUUGGCGACAUCUGCGUCGCCUUGGCGAACUCGCGGCAGUUUUUCCGAAAAGCUUCGCAACUCCAUGCCAAAAUUGAGCCCCCGUUGCCUGCAGCCGUGCCCGAGCAAACGGAGGAUGUGUCGCGUACAUUGAGUGGAAGGAGCGGCGGGCCGGCGCUGUCGGAGCCCAGCGCGGCGCCUAACUUUGGCGGCUACAUCUUCGUCAAGACUUACGACGCGCACCCAAUCGCGCCUACACCAACAAUAUUGAAGACAACUGGCCUAUAUCCGCUCGCGCUGUGCUCGGCGGCGUUCAGCUCGGCGUACGCGGCGAAGAUGCGCUCUCCGGGCGGGCCGGAAGUGGACCAAGAGUCGCCGGAGCGCCUGGCGGUGGUGCUGUACGCACUAGCGACGGGGUGGAGAUGUAAGAACGCGUGCAUCGCCGACUCGGGCAAGAGGGAACGGCGUGGGAUCAGCAGGCACAGACGCGCGGGCAGCGCGAGGACGAGCUACAUUCAAGUGGUGCGGGAGGAGAGCGCUUCGGGCGAGACUUUGACUGCGGGGCCCCUGGAUGUAGUGCGGCAGGAGCAGGAGGACGUCGAAGAGGCAGCCGGCCGCGUGGCAGCAGAUGCUGCGGUGCAGACGGAAGACCACAUCCCCGAGGAGACGACGAAGGAGAAGACCGAGAAGGCCGCGACGAAGGAAGAGGCUCUUGCGACAGCAGCAAGGCGGUCGGCUUCGAUGUCCGCCGACCAAGACGACGGAGUCGAUGCCGACCAAGGUGGCAAGCGCAGUGACCAGCGAGGACGUGAGCGGUGA